AUGGCGACUUCCGUCGCGGCGUCCGCGUCGACGAACCUCGCGCUCGGUUCGGUUUCGACCCGGUCGCGUCCUCCUCGUCGUCGUCGUCGCGGCGCGGCGUCCCUCGUCCCCGGCGGAACGCGCGACGACGACGAGGCGCAUCGUCAUCGCCGCUGGCGCGUCGCCCCCGACGUCGACGGCGCCGCGUCACCGGGUGCCGACCCUUCCAUCGAACGCCCAAGGCCGAAUGCCCCGUCCGAUGCCCUCGAACGCCUCCUCGCGACCCGAUUCGCGACCCUCGGCGACGCCAUCAGGGCGCCCCCUGACGACCGAGCAGCCAUCGAGCGAUGCGUCGAUAGCCUCGAGCGCGCCAACCCGACGCGCGCCCCCGCGACGUCGCCCGCGCAGACCGGCGAAUGGACCCUGCGCUACACCACCAGCGUCGGGACGAUGGCCAGUGUCGCGACGUGGGAGACCGUGGCGGGCGCGGUGACCGACGUGUCGCAGCGCGUGGACAUCGCGAACGAGCGCGACGCGGUGAUGAUGGUUCGCAACGACGUCACCGUCGAGCUGCGGUCGCGGUCGGACCUCACGCCGCUGCCGCUGCCGCUGCCGCCGCUGACGUUCCUCGGCCUCUCCGACGACGACGCGUUGACGCUGAGGAUCGCGCAGAGGUUCGAGUGCAAGACGCUCGGCGGCGGUAGGCUGUCCACCAAGUUGCUCGUCAGCGACGUGGAGGCGAGUGUACGUGGCGUGGGGGAGAAUCGAGUUAAGUCGCUCGGGUCGUUUCGGCAGCCCGGGGUGGAGUUGCAGCCCGCGAAGAGUCAGCUGGUGACGUACCUGGACGACAGGUGGCGGAUCGUCCGGGACGACGCCUCCGUGUCGGUGUACCGGCGGCGGUAGCAUUACUACCAGCUAGCUUGAUUGGGGUUAACGCAAACUCGUGUAAUCAUACCGUAUACUCAUACGUUUUAAA